AUGGUGAGCAGAUCAUUUUUUCUAACUCAUACCUUCAAGGAUGUAUCAAAACUCGGAGAAGGAGGCAGUUACUCCAGUGAUAUUGAAGUACGGCAUGAUAUUCCUUGGAAAAUCCGUAUUUUCAAGAAAGAAGGAUUUCUUGGUGUAAAUCUGCACUGUGAAAAGGAGGAAUGCUUUGAGACGAAAAAAUGGACGUUUCAAACGAAAUUCACUAUGAAGCUAGUAGCUGUCAGUGGUAAAUUCUUCCAACGGACUGUACAACAUGAAUUCCAAAAGCCGGAAGGAAACGGAAUGGAGUUGGGAAAAUAUGCAAAGGGAUUAUAUGGAUAAAGAUAGUAUUAUAAUUGAAAUCCAUGCCAAUAUUGUUAGCAGUACAGGAUUCUUUGAAGUCGAAUAUUUUCCAGUUUCUCAGCACGACUCCGAUAAUUCAUUUGUGCUGAAACAUAAUUUCAAGAACAUUUCGAGAUUGGUAGAGGACGAACGGGAUUAUAGUGAUACAGAAAAGCACUACAACGCUCUAUGGAGCUUUAAGAUAAGAAAAUUCAAUGAACACCUUGGAAUCUGGUUGAUCUGCGAAAAAGAAAUCUGGGAAGAGAGGAGAUGGUCAAUUAAUUUACAAUAUGAGUUAAAAUUGAUUUCUGCAUCUGGCAAGGUCCGCUCAGCACAGUAUACAAAUGUGUUUGGUGUCGGUUCGCUUUGGGGAAUCCUGAAGUUCAUUAGUUGGAACAAUUUGGAGAAGGAUUAUGUGACCAAUGACAGUAUUGAUGUGGAAGUUCUUGUCAAAAUAAUUGAAUUCACAGAAUUGCCAUGCACGGAGAAAACAUUUGUACUAUCCCAUAUUGUCAAGAACAUGUCAAGUAUUGAAGACGGGUGGAAAACCUUUUCGGACACUCAAACUCGCUUCAACAUUCCAUGGAAAUUGCAAAUUAGAAGACAAGAUGGAUUUGUUGAACUACUCCUUCAUUGUUCAAAACAACUAGAUGAAUCCAGAAGCUGGUCAAUUAAAACUGAAUAUCAAUUCAAACUAGUGUCAACUAAUGGAAGAAGUGUCGCGUUCUAUGGCGAAAAGGUGUUUGAAAAACCAGUGGGUAGUGGAUGGGAUAAACUCAUAAGAUGGGAAAACUGGGCAAGCAGAUGCAACGAUGAGUUUGUGUUUGAAGCGAGUGUGAGGAUUCUUAACACGACUGGAAUUGAGGACGAGAAUGAUGUUGAUAGGUUCUCUGGAUUUGCGAUCCCAGUGGAAGGUCAGGAGUAUUCAAUGGAGAAGUGGCUGGAGAUGGCAUUUGAUCACUAA